UAAAGCCUGGCCAAUGCUGUGCAGAAAGGAUGGUCGGUAAGGAGCUCUGCAGGAUUACACAUCAGAUAAAUGUGCAAAGCUGCUCCUAAGCUUAAAGUCACUUUCUCCAUUCAGCACAGCUAUCACAAGUGCAGGUACAUUUGUUUAAAACAAAACCGACUCUGACAUAAAAAAAAAAAAAAGUGGUGAUGUAUCACUGUGGGUGAAAUCUAUAAAAACAAUUAAAUGCAGCUUAGGCUUUUUCCAGCACAUAUAUUUAAUAUUUUGCAGACAACCAAAAAUGCAGACAGAUCUGUGACUGGCUAGAUCAAUUCAGAAUUCACGACCAGCUACAAGAUUUUAGCUAAAAGGAGUCUUCCAAGGUCAGUACAUGGAAAAUUGUACUGUUGUGGCAUGUAGAUUAACAAAAUAAAUAAAUAAACAAAAAAGAACUGAAAAAAAUAAGUGAACUGUUACAUUUAAUGAGGCACUCAGCAGAAGAAAACAAGGCCAAUCCACAUCCAAUAAUUCUAUGACAACAUGAUGCUAAAACCCUAAAGCAACCAUAAAAACGAUAAGAACAGCUUUACAGCUCAAAUUAUACACUUUUAACAGACGUAUUAAUGGAAGCUUUCACGUUUAAGUAUAAGUUUCACAUUUCUGCUUUUAAUUCCUCCAAAAUUGGUCACUGAAAAUGAAAACUCCCUUUUUGCUUUUUUUUAUUUGUAUUUUUUUAAGAAAAUGAAUUGGAAAUCUUUUUCUUUUUUUUUUGUGGUAAUCAACAAUAUGCAACAAAUGCUGUCAAUUGAGCUGAAUUUUAUUGAACCCAGAAUAUCCUUUUGAUCAAUCGCUUCUGUUAUUGCGAAAUAUAUCAACGUGACAAUAAAUAAAUAAAUAUAGCGUAAGAUUGUUAGGCUACAUGUUAUAUGUCAAAAUAAUUAGCCACAACAGCAAUAAAGUGCAUUAUUUACAAGUAACCACACAAAAUAAUUCAGGACUAGCCUACUGUAUUCAAAACACUGCCACCAUUUGAACAUUCAUAAAAUCUUGCCCUUAACACUGUUGGUAAGAUUUUUUUUUUCGAAACGGAGAUCUCGAAAGCCUAUUUAGCCUAUUUAGUUCGUGUUUGUGUUUAAUCCAGCGUUGUUGCAUUUUACGCGCUCUGCUGUUGCGGUCGUUGGUCGGUCUGACUCAGAGUUGAGACCAGCUGACCUCGCGACCCGAGCUGAACCCUUCAGAGGAACAGGGAUAUGAAGACAGACAGAGCCCUGCCUGACUGAGCCUGAGCUCGCUACGAGCAGGAAGAGCGCGCCAGCAGUGCAGCGUUUCAUUCAGCGAAUAUAUCGCGGCAUAACUUUCUCCUGACAUGCAGCUGCCGCCGGUGACUUUAAAGUGAACCAUUAAACGUUUUACUGGAAGGGGGAGUUAAAGAUCUUCAAGACGACAACAAAGAGUUUUCUGAGUGCCAACAUUUUAGAAGACCUGUGAGUUUGUCUUGUGAUUUUAAACAUACAAUAAGCCCCAGACUCAAAGCAUGAAAGAUCAAAGUGUCACGCUGGCAAAACAGAGAGUGAUGCACCCUCAAGAAAUAUCUGAUCCAGUCAGUCAGGAUGGGACUAUAUCCUUCACAGAAGAAACAGUGUCCAUAUUAACAUCCAGCAGCAUGCUAGCCCGCUCUUUUUUUAUCCACCCCAGAGGUCUGAAAGACCAAGAAAGCUCCGAGACUGACAGCCGCAUCACUCUGCGUCGCAAACGUGAGUGUAUCCCUGACGAGAAAAAAGACCAAGGUUAUUGGGACAAGCGCAAAAAGAACAAUGAAGCUGCCAGGCUUUCGCGUGAGAAACGCCGCAUCAGUGACAAGGUGGUAGAAAGCAAAGUUCUGGCUCUUCUUGAAGAUAACGCACGUCUGAAAGCUGAGCUACUGGCACUGAAGUUCAAAUUGGGUUUGAUCAAAGAUCCCACAGAUUCACCAGCACAGAUCUGCUCCUUUGGUCCACAUAACCAAACAUCUCCAGCAAUACCCUACAACUGUCCCAGUACAAACUUACAACCUACAUUUGUUCACGCAUUAUCAAUCUCACAGCAUGGUGGUCCAGAUGGGGCGAAAAACUAUGGGUUCUUCAUGCCUGAGGGGUCAAGCAUUGGGAACCCAGAGCUUUCAGAUGAUGCUGGAGGUGAACAUAUCCGGAAAUUCCCUGGUGAACAGCCAAGCAGUAUUACAGCAGUGGAUACAAAUUCAUUAGGAUGGCAAGCGAACAAUAUGAAAGGUCUUCCUCAUAAACUACGUUUCAAGACUCCAAGUGGAAUUGUAGGUGCUGAUGCUGAAGUCCUUCUUCCAGUGGAGAAUACUUCACGGUCUCAGUCUACAGAGGCUUUAAGGAGGCAACAGACACACACAAUGCCAUCAGCUUGUUCAACUGCACUUGAGAAUAACCCUUCAAUUCACAGGCAUAGAGAAAAUAACAGCGCCAUUCGAUUCCAGAUCAGUGCUUUGACUGAAGAAGUGGCCCAGCUCAAAAAACUGUUGUCUCAACAUCAGCUCUCUAAAAUGAACUGAAAUCAUCUGUCCCACCUGUCUUCUGACCUAUCCAAAGAAAGAAGCCCAUUUUUCUGAUUGUAACAGACAAAUAUAAGAAGCCAGCUGGUUGUUCACUGGAACAGCUGGCAAUUUAAGCGAUUUUUAAUUUAUGUGAACGUUUCAUAUGCCUGUCUGCUCCACUGUUCACUGCAUGCUGGAUGAAAUGAAAAAUGUUGUGAAAAGCUCUGCUGUCUUCUGUGUCUACUGUUGUGGUGCAUGGUGCUUUAAGUUAAGCAAACCUGAACCUUCACAAAUGUCCAUUGAAUCUAAACCUUUUUUGUGUGUACUUUUCCUGUUAUUUUUUCAUUAAAUCUCUGUUUGGGCUUUUGCUUGGGGAGAGAACUCUUGGUUUUGCCAGUUUGUUUAAAUGCACUUGGGGUUCAAAGUAUUUUUCUUUCUCUUUUUUUUCUCUUUUUUUUUAUAUACAUUAAUUUUACACAUCUGGUACAAAUAUGUGCUCGUUUCAUGAAUAAGUGUGGAUUUUUUUGUUUUUUUACAUGGAAAGAAGGGAAGUAAAAUGAUACAACUCUGAUUUAAACCACAGGUUUGUUAUUAAAAGAUGUGAGAUAAAAAGCCUCUGAUGAAAGCAGUAGAUUAGAACAACAUGCAAAAGUCCACAAUGACACACAAAAGGAUUUUUAUGAUGAUAUUUCAUUUCUUUACAAACCCAUAUUCUUUAUGUCUGUCUGCUUCCAUGUUUAUAAUCUAGAAGAGUCAACAGAGAAUGAAUUGUAUAUUUUAAAGCACUGCAUAGUUCUGCUCAGAAAUGAAUUUAGUCAGCCUAAAGCUAAUUUAAACACACACACACACACACACAUAUACAUAUAUAUAUUUAUACAGUGGGGCAAAAAAGUAUUUAGUCAGCCACCAAUUGUGCAAGUUCUCCCACUUAAAAAGAUGAGAGAGGCCUGUAAUUUUCAUCAUAGGUAUACCUCAACUAUGAGAGACAAAAUGAGAAAAAAAAAUCCAGAAAAUCACAUUGUAGGAUUUUUAAAGAAUUCAUUGGUAAAUUCCUCGGUAAAAUAAGUAUUUGGUCACCUACAAACAAGCAAGAUUUCUGGCUCUCACAGACCUGUAACUUCUUCUUUAAGAGGCUCCUCUGUCCUCCACUCGUUACCUGUAUUAAUGGCAUCUGUUUGAACUCGUUAUCAGUAUAAAAGACACCUGUCCACAUCCUCAAACAGUCCAACUCCAAACUCCACCAUGGCCAAGACCAAAGAGCUGUCAAAGGACACCAGAAACAAAAUUGUAGACCUGCACCAGGCUGGGAAGACUGAAUCUGCAAUACGUAAGCAGCUUGGUGUGAAGAAAUCAACUGUGGGAGCAAUUAUUAGAAAAUGGAAGACAUACAAGACCACUGAUAAUCUCCCUCGAUCUGGGGCUCCACGCAAGAUCUCACCACACGGGGGACCUAGUGACUGACCUGCAGAGAGCUGGGACCAAAGUAACAAAGGCCUCAAAUCCUGCAGUGCCAGACGUGUCCCCCUGCUUAAGCCAGUACAUGUCCGGCCCGUCUGAAGUUUGCUAGAGAGCAUUUGGAUGAUCCAGAAGAGGAUUGGGAGAAUGUCAUAUGGUCAGAUGAAACCAAAAUAUAACUUUUUGAUAAAAACUCAACUUGUCGUGUUUGGAGGAGAAAGAAUGCUGAGUUGCAUCCAAAGAACACCAUACCUACUGUGAAGCAUGGGGGUGGAAACAUCAUGCUUUGGGGCUGUUUUUCUGCAAAGGGACCAGGACGACUGAUCCGUGUAAACGAAAGAAUGAAUGGGGACAUGUAUCGUGAGAUUUUGAGUGAAAACCUCCUUCCAUCAGCAAGGGCAUUGAAGAUGAAACGUGGCUGGGUCUUUCAGCAUGACAAUGAUCCCAAACACACCGCCCAGGCAACGAAGGAGUGGCUUCGUAAGAAGCAUUUCAAGGUCCUGGAGUGGCCUAGCCAGUCUCCAGAUCUCAACCAUCGAAAAUCUUUGGAGGGAGUUGAAAGUCCGUGUUGCCCAGCGACAGCCACAAAACAUUACUGCUCUAGAGGAGAUCUGCAUGGAGGAAUGGGCCAAAAUACCAGCAACAGUGUGUGAAAACCUUGUGAAGACUUACAGAAAACGUUUGACCUCUG